AAACAUUCUACGACGAUGGAUUCAAUCGACGAUAUAGAAUUAAGUGACGAAGAAGAAGAAAUAACAGCAGACACGGUGUUAAAAACAUUGCAAAGUGCUUGGCAAAACGAACGUCUGGCGCCAGAAAUAUUACCACAUCACAACGACAUGGUGGAGUGUAUGCUUGGACAAAUACAACACAUGGAGAGGAACAUAAACAAACUCCCAAAGACUGAUCUGCGAGCUUCUAUCCAUAAAAUGGAGCUUAGCAGGAUAAAAUUUGUCAUAUGCAACUACCUUAGAACAAGACUAAACAAAAUUGAAAAGUACUGUAUUCAUAUUAUUAACGAAGAGAGGCAAAGGAUGGAGAGCGGCACAAAUUACCUGACACCAUCGGAAUUUAAAUAUGCACAAGAUUAUUUGCUAAACAUGGAGAAUCAUUUGAAGACUGUUGUGCUAGAUAAAAUGCCUGGCAACAUGCAGACGCUUGAAAUGAAUAAAAUGGCCAUUUACCCGAAUUUACAAACACAUGUAUUCUUGAAAGCCAAUGAUACAGUGACUGGUGUUGUGUUAGAGGACCUUGUUGGGGAUCAGGAUGAAGAAAUAGAUUUAGAAGAGGGAUCACAGCAUAUACUACAGUAUAAACCUAUAGCAGAUUUGGUAAAGAAUGGGAAAGUUCAACUUGUAUGACGAAGUAUGUUCCGUAGGCUAAAUCACAAACUUAUGGUGGUGUGUUCAUUUACCAUUAUUCAACUUAGAAUAA